AUGCCUUCAACCUAUUCCCUGUCGGACCCCCAGGAGUACCAGAAAAUCUUUCACUGGGCUGAAACGCAAAAGGAUGCUACCAUCCCAUCCUUCAGCACAAGACGUAAUGACCCUUAUGAGGUAUCCUCUUCUUAUCAUUCUCACACGCUGGCUGUACACACUAACCAUCAUAUAGUACCAAGCCGGAUUUGCUUCAUCUCCGAAGCGAUCCCUGGCACAAUUCCCCAUGGACAAAACAACCCUCGCAAUGUGCGAUUUGGUCUCUAUGCCGAGCAGAUGACGGCCACAGCUUUUAUUGCUCCACGCCACUGCAAUAAGAAGGCGUGGUUGUACCGCGCCCGUCCAGCUGUCGCUCACCAUGGUUUCAUUGGACUCCCUGAUAACAAAGACACCGAGUCAAACUUUCUUCCCUUGAACCCACGCAUCCACGUCUCCCCCACGCAGCUAGCAUGGCACCCAUUCGACAUUCCUGAGACUGGAGAAGUCGAUUUUAUCUCAGGCCUGAAGACGGUCGCUGGCUCUGGCGACCCAACCUUACGGGAAGGCCUUGCAACACACGUCUACACUGCCAACAGGAACAUGAAGAAGAAAGCCUUUGUAAACUCCGAUGGCGAGUUCCUAAUCGUCCCACAGCAAGGCGCGCUAGACAUCCAAACCGAAUUCGGACCGUUAUUCGUGCAACCCGGCGAGCUAGUCGUCAUCCAGCGCGGAAUCAGGUUCAGCGUCCAGCUUCCGGACGGCCCUUCACGCGGAUAUAUCCUCGAAGUCUGGGGUACGCAGUUUGAGCUCCCUGAACUUGGACCUCUCGGUUCUAAUGGACUUGCUAAUGCUCGGGACUUUUUGAGUCCUGUUGCUCGGCAUGAGAUUGCUCAAGAGCCGUGGGAGAUUAUUUACAAACUUGGUGGGAAAUACUUCAAGAGUACACAAAACCAUAGCCCGUAUGAUGUUGUGGCUUGGCAUGGAAACUAUGUGCCUUAUAAAUACGAUCUGACCAAGUUUGUGAAUGUCGGAUCCAUUUCUGUAGACCACAUUGAUCCGUCAAUUUUCUGUAUUCUAACGGCGAAGUCGCGCGAUCCCACGGCGCCUUUGGCUGAUUUCCUGACUUUCUCGCCUCGGUGGGAUGUUGCAUCGCACACAUACCGCCCUCCUUACUACCACCGCAACGCAGCCUCCGAGCUAAUGGGCCUAAUCUACGGCGACUAUGGCGGCCGCUCAGACGCCUUCAAGCCUGGCAGUGUGUCUUUCGAAUGUGGCAUGGUCCCCCACGGUGUCGCCUACGAAGAAUUCAAGGAAGCGACUGAGAACGUACCUUCUGUGAUGCAAAUAUUCAAGGCAUCGAUUGCGUUCAUGUUCGAGUCUAGCCGUCCAUUUACCAUUACCGACUACGCGUGGAACAGCGAGAAGAGACACGAGCAUGAGCCAAGAAUGUGGGAUAAUCUAGUAGAUAACUUCUCUAAGCAUGCUAAGGAAGUUGAGGAGAUUCUGGCUAAGAAGCCUAAAGGGUUGGCUAUUUCUUAG